CUGACAGAACACGUGAACGUGGAAAAAGCUCUGAACUUUGCCUUUCUCGAAUUUCAAACUCUCGAUAUUUUGGCGACGCGGGACGCAUUCUCCGGUACCUGAUGCGGCCAUUUCGCCGCCGCCGCCGCAGAAGAUGAUCGCCUCCGCCGCGGGACAUGGCCGGCCACGCCGUCGACUCCCUCGCGUCCCUCCUCUCCGCGGCCGUGUCGGCUCGCUCCUCUCUCCUCGGCCGAGCCACGCACGCCCGCAUCGUCAAGACCCUUCGCCACCCGCUUCCUGCUCUGGUCUCCGACCACCUCACCCACAUGUACUCCAAGCUGGACCUCCCCGGCUCGGCCCAGCUCGUCCUCCGCCUCAACCCGACUCGCUCCGUCGUCUCCUGGACCUCGCUGAUCUCUGGGUCUGCCCAGAACGGCCACUUUAGCUUCUCCCUGCUUAUGUUCGUUGACAUGCUGAGGGAGUGCAUUCGGCCUAAUGAUUUCACCUUCCCCUGCGCGUUCAAGGCCUCUGGCGGUCUUUGCAUGCCCGUUACUGGGAAGCAGAUUCAUGGGAUUGCCAUUAAGGUGGGUGAAAUGGUCGAUGUGUUCGUUGGUAGCAGUGCUUUUGAUAUGUACUGUAAGACGGGGCUUAAAGAUGAUGCGAGGAAGCUGUUCGACGAAAUGCCCCAGAAGAACAGAGUAGCGUGGAAUACGUAUAUUUCCAACGCGGUGCUGGACGGAAUGCCCCAGGAUUGUAUUGGCGCAUUUAUUAAGUUUAGGAGAGUGGGUGGUGUUCCUGAUUAUAUAACAUUGAGUGCAUUUCUCAACGCCUGUUCGGACACGGCAAAUUUAGAGCUUGGUCACCAGCUCCAUGGGUAUGUUCUUAGAAGCGGGUUGGAGGCGGACAUCUCUGUAGCGAAUGGAUUGGUCGAUUUCUAUGGGAAAUGUGGGGAGGUUAGUUGUUCCGAGAUGGUGUUUGACGAAAUUCGCGAGCCAAAUGACGUGUCUUGGUGCUCACUAAUGUCUACGUUAGUGCAGAAUCAUGAGCAAGAAAAGGCUUGCAUGGCUUUCUUAAUGGCUAGGAAAGAAGGGAUUCGGCCGACAGAUUUCUUGGUAUCCUCUGUGCUCAAUGCCUGUGCUGGCUUAGCAGGGCUUGAACUUGGUAGGUCAGUUCAUUCACUUGCUAUUAAGGCAUGCGUGAUGGGAAAUAUUUUUGUCAGCACUGCACUGGUUGACAUGUAUGGAAAAUGUGGAUGUAUUGAGGAUGCGGAAGUUGCCUUCCAUGGCAUGCCGCAAAGAAAUCUGAUUACUUGGAAUUCUUUGAUCGGUGGUUAUGCACAUCAAGGGCUUGCCGAUAUGGCUGUUGCUGUGUUUGAGAAAAUGCUGUCAAGUUGCAGUGAGGUGAUACCAAAUUAUGUGACCUUCGUGUGUUUAUUGGCAGCUUGUAGUCGAGCAGGAAAUGUAGAGCUUGGUAUGGAUAUCUUCGCAUCAAUGAGAAGAAGACAUGCAAUUGAACCUGGGCCAGAGCAUUAUGCAUGUAUUGUGGAUCUGCUAGGGCGGGCUGGCAUGUUAAAGCAGGCAUAUGACUUUAUCAUGAAAAUGCCAUUUCGACCCACGAUAUCAAUAUGGGGAGCCCUCUUAGGGGCUUGUAGGAUCCACAGGAAUCCAGAACUUGGUAGAAUUGCAGCUGAAAACUUAUUUCAACUUGAUCCGAAAGACUCUGGCAAUUUCGUGGUUCUUUCAAAUUCAUUGGCAGCUGCUGGAAGAUGGGAGGAAGCCACCAAUGUGAGGAAGGAGAUAAAGGACAUAGGCCUGAAAAAGGGUACUGGCUGCAGCUGGAUUGCUGUGAAGAAUGAAGUCCAUAUUUUCCAAGCGAAGGAUGCUUCUCAUGAAAGGAACUCCGAGAUUCACGCGACUUUGUUGGAGCUAAAGAGGGAUAUGGAAGAUGACUUGGAGGAGGAGGAGAAAGUCUCAGAAGUGUGGCUGCACAGUGAGAAGAUUGCCCUGGCCUUUGGCCUCAUUUCUAUCCCCCCAGCAGUUCCAAUUAGGAUCACGAAGAAUCUUAGAAUGUGUGGAGACUGUCAUAGCGCCUUUAAAUUCAUUUCACGAAUUACUGGGAGGGAACUCAUUGUGAGAGACAAUGCCCGGUUUCACCAGUUCCUAGCUGGCCGCUGUUCUUGUAAAGAUUUUUGGUAAUCAUCAUUCUUUCUUAACAAUUCCUGGAUCAAGUUUAUUGAAUGUGGUCAUCUAAGAGAGAAGAUUCCAAAGCUGUACUCUCCUUCCAGUUUUUUCUUGGAUAUAUCUCUGCCAAAGAAAAAUUUCAGCCUGAUUUCUCAAGAAAGAAUCCUUUGAGAUACGCGUACCUGGCGAGAAUCUAAGCCAUUCGCUUUUCGGCAGUUUUCUUCUUCAUCUCCAUAGUGGGAUUAUUUUAGCAUUGGACAGUCUGGAUCUCUUGCAUGACAGCUGAUAUGGAGUUCGCCAUGAUCUUCUGCUCAGCAACCACUUGAACUUUCGCUGAAAUUCAUUGACUCGAGGUCUCAAGCAAGUUCGGCUUUCUUGGUUUGAAGCUGUGCAAUUUGUUCAUCUAUUUCUUGCACAAGAGAUGACUUGGAAUUUAUCUGAGAUUGCGAUUCUCCUGCUCUCUUCUUCAGCUCAUUGAACUCUCUCCUGAUGGAAGAAACCUUGUCCUUCAUGGCCUGAAGAUCUCCGAAAAAUUUGGUGGCCUGCUCAGCAAUUCCUUUAGUGUGCAGAAAAACCUCGCCUGCUCUGGAAAAUUUCUGAGUGACUUCAACUUAAGCAAUUGAUCGACAGUCAAGACGGGAUUGACUGUGAGUUUCUCUACCUAAAAAAGUAAUUACCUCUAGGCACCUUGGGGACAAUAAGCAUGAGAAAUUCAGGGCAAGAAUGGAAGAAAGUUUCUUGCACAUUUCCUCUACCAUAUUACAGUCGACAUAAGUGAAAGGAGUCUGCACCUGAGCUUCAUGAUUGUUUGCUGAGAAAGAAUAUGUUAUAAAGACUUUAGAUAGUCAUCAACAUCUUCUUCACACAAUUGAGCAUGAAGUUCCUGAACAUUUCGCACGUCUUGUGCCUCGAAAUCCUUGGAUGCAUAGCAACUAGAACUGAUACUUUAGUCAAGAGCAAUGUCCUCAAGAUCAAUGUGCUGCUCAAAGCCACAUUUCCAUUAGGGAACACAAGUCAAUUACAGUCUCGUCAUUUUUAGCAUUGGCUUGAGCUUGUAUAUUGUAAGAUUGUUGUGUGUGCCUCGGGAAGGCUUGUGCCUAUACCUAGCUAGAUCGUUGUGCUGCUAGCUCGCAAGCAUUAUGAAGAAGGGCAAGCAAAUAAUGGGAAAUGAAGUUCCGGGUGAGAAGGCAGUGAAGAUGAACAAUCUAUGUCUAUACGCUAUCAAACCUAUUCGUUCGGGUGAAGGUUUACCUUAUGCUCCAGUAGAUUGGCCGAAUCUUGGCGAUAUUUGGUAUUGGUGGCUUGGCAAUAGGACCUAUCAUUUUGGAUUUUAUCAAGACAGGUUCUUAUAUCUUCCAAACCAUCUCUGUGUCAGAGGCCUUAAUUGCGGGCAAGUCUUUGCUUAAACGCUAUCUCUUUGCAGUUUCCGAACUCAGAUGUCAAUGAGAUCUUUGCUUCUUUUAGCUGGAUGGUUUCCUCUACGAGGCAUCACUAGACGAAGAUGUGCAUCCAGAUCUCUUUCCACAGGUAACACUGGAUGAAAUUGCAUAUAAAUAGCCCCUUAUAAUUCCAGGAGGAUGAAAAAAGCGAGACCAGCUAUGUCACAAGCCCUUCCCUAGGUGCAAAACACGACAAUCUUACAAAAUACCAGCUCAAGCCAGCAUUAGAAAUGAUGAAUCUGUAAUUGACUUGUGAUCCCUAAUGGAUGAUAGCACAAGCAAAGUGGAUAUUCAAUUGUGGCUCUGAGCUACAAAUUGAUUUUGAGGAUGUUGUUCUUGACUAAAGGAUUUUGAGGCACAAGAUGGGCAAAAUGUGCAGGAACUUCAUACUUAACUUUGUGAAGAAAAUGUUGAUGACUGUCUAGAAGUCUGCAGACUCGUUUCACUUACGUAGGUUAUGAUAUGGCGGAGGAAAUGUCUACUCAUUGCAACAAGCUUUCUUUGAUUCUUGCCCAGGAUUUCUCAUGCUUGGUGUCCUCAAAGUACUUGAAAGAGAUUAGAAUUCAGUAGAGAAGCUUGCGAUCGAUCCCAUGUUGACUGUUGAUCAAUUGCUUAAGUUCAAGUUGAUUGAAGAAAUAUCCAAAGCAGUUGAGGUUUUUCUAUGCACUAAGGGACUUCGGGAGCAAGAGAAUUGCAGUCUUGGAUGGAUUUUAAGUCAUUUCUCGUGUGAAAAAUAGAUGAACAAAUUGCACAGCUUUAAUUCAAGAAAGCCGAACUUGCUCGUGACCUCGACUCGAUGAAGUUGCUGAGCAAGAAAAUCAUGGCAAACUCUAUAUCAGCUGUUGUGCGAGAGAUCCAGACUGCCAAUGCUGAAAUCUCACAUGGUAGAUGAAGAAGAUAAAAUAAAUAUUUAUAUAUUAGAAUUUUGUUUAAAGUGCUUUUUUUCAAUGUUCAAGAUUACCCCUAAGGCAUU